ACCGAGUCAUAUCACAGUGGUACAUCUACCGAGUCAUAUCACAGUGGUACAUCUACCGAGUCAUACCAGUGGAGUCAUAUCACAGUGUCAUAUCACAGUGGUACAUCUACCGAGUCAUAUCACAGUGGUACAUCUACCGAGUCAUAUCAAAGU